AAAGUCAUAAAGAUAAAUUGAAAAUUUGUUACCCGGCAUCUGUCGUCCGGCUAAGAAUGGACUACAAUCUCUAAUCGGCAGCAUAUAAAGCAAUUUGCGAAAUUCAUUUAACUAGUGCUAACCAUCUAGUGGAGGAAGCGUGACCAGAAACUCCAGCCCUAAUUUUGCUAGAAAGACGAAACAUCACAGAUUUGAGAGAAAUGCUGCACUUCAGCAUGAAAACAAUCGCUGCGCUAGUGCUGGUGGCCGCGGCUUAUUCUGUGGACAGCUCUUCUGACCUCCAUACGCCGCCGUCAUCUACUUCCAGGAGCACCAAUGUUAUGGCAGGCUUAGGCAUGCCUAUUACCAAUGAAAUCGUGCCCACAGAGGAACUGGAUCCAAAUUUUUGGCGAAAUGCAGCAAAUGAAGAGUUACAGAAGCGCGUCCAGAACAACCAACCAAAUACGAACAAAGCGAAAAAUGUUAUAUUUUUCCUGGGCGACGGCAUGUCUUUGAACACAGUUACCGCCGCGCGCAUACUCAAGGGACAGCGCGAAGGUAGACUGGGCGAGGAGUCACAGCUGAGUUUCGAGAAAUUCCCAUACACCGCCUUGAGCAGAACAUACUGCACCAACGCUCAGGUGGCCGAUUCCGCUUGCUCUUCCACCGCUUAUCUCACGGGCGUUAAGACCAACAUUCUUUCGCUGGGCGUUGGCCCAAAUGUGAACUUCAAUGAUUGCGAAGCCUCCAUGGAUCCGGCCAACGACCUCACUUCACUUUACGAUUGGGCGCAGGCAGCUGGUAAAUCCACCGGUUUCAUCACCACCACCAGCCUCACACACGCCAGCCCGUCCGGUGGUUACGCGCAUGUCGCGAAUCGCUUUUGGGAGUCUGAUACAGACGUGCGUACCUUUCUCGGCGACAAUUACACCACCAAUUGCAUUGAUAUAGCCACGCAACUUAUUACCGAGGAGCCAGGCCGUAAUUUGGAUCUGAUAAUGGGCGGAGGUAUGGGCAAAUUUUUGCCAAAAACUAUGAUCGACAAAUUCGGCAAUGCCGGUGAACGGUCGGAUGGCAAAAAUCUACUCUCCGAAUGGCAGCGCCGCCACCCGGGUGGUGUGCUGGUCAGCAAUCGCAAGGAGCUGCAGGCACUCAAUAUCAACCAAACCACCAGUGUGAUUGGGCUUUUCCAAUCAAAGCUGAUGAAUUACCAUCUUAAUGCUUCCGAAGGCGAGCCGACCUUAUCCGAAAUGACAGAGACGGCCAUUAAAUUUUUGAGCAAAAACGAAAACGGUUACUUCGUCUUCAUCGAGGGCGGUCUGAUCGAUUACGGCAAUCAUUACAACACGCCCGGCAUCAGUCUGGAUGAGACAAUAGAAUUCGAGAAGGCUGUGGAGUUGGCGCGCAACUUAACCAGCACCGAGGACACACUCAUUGUAGUGACGGCCGACCAUGCCCAUCCGCUCAGCAUCUCCGGCUAUCCUGAGCGUGGAAAUGAUAUUUUAGGCUUAAAUGAGAUUGGUUACGAUGUGAAUGGCGUACAUUAUGCCACAUUAAAUUACGCUGUAGGCACUGAGCAGUACUUGGAUGAAAAUGGCAAUCGCAUUGAAUUGGAAGGAAAAUUCGCUGACACUCCAGAUUUUACUUUUCCAAGUUAUAUUAAAGGCUCGAUAGGCGUACAUGCUGGUGACGAUGUGGGCGUAUACGCAUCGGGGCCACAUGCCCAUCUCUUCACUGGCGUCUUGCAGCAGAAUACGCUGCCUCACCUAAUGGCUUACGCUGCUUGCAUUGGUAAUGGCGCAAAGUCUUGCGCUUAA